AUGGCAGUGCCAUACACCCGAAUACUGAGCCUAGCGAAGGCUCAGUGUCGCAUCUUUUCAGCGACGUUUAACCCGGAUCGGUUACGUUUGGGAAACAAGAUUCUCCGCCAACGACUGCGUGGACCAGCGCUUGCGUCCUGGUACCCUAAGAAGACUGUCUCUUUUCGCGACUUGCAAGAUGCGUAUCGUCCACUUGGAUUGACAACAUUUGAUGAGGUGGAGGAUGAUAGAGAGGAGGCAAUUCAGAUUGCAAAGCUACGAGGAAAAGGCAGGCCCAAGAAGAAGAGGACUGCGGCAGUUGGGAAACUUGGCAUGGUGCCACGCCCGGCAGGUGUACCAAGUUUCAAAAAUCUCCCUCAAAGAGGUGCUUUGGCGCUCCUAGCGGUCAUCAUGAAACCAAGCAAAAAUCAGUUGCGGAGAGCCAGAAAAAAGGCCCUGAAAGCUCAGCGAAGACUUACAUAUUCUUUUCUCUCCAAGGCCAACGAUACUCCAAGCACUUCGGCGCAAGAACAGACACCCGAGGGGACUGCCCCUGAGAAAAUUACACCAUCGACUCAGGUUCAAAAUACUGGAUCCGAUGUACGACUCGCGUCGCCUGAUCCAGAAGACCCUUUAUGGCAGAUGUACAAGGGUGUCCUCGACCGAUUCGAUGAGACCGAAGAGACGAAAACAGAGUCGAAAGAAGCCGAGAAACCGGAAAUCUACUAUGACGACGACGAUGAAAUCCCGGAUGAAGAGGAAAGCGAACCAAAGUUGUCGAAGAAAAAGCGCAAGGAACUAAGCAAGCUGUCCGUUGCUGAGCUCAAGGCAAUGGUUCGGCGGCCUGAAAUAGUUGAAUGGACAGAUACUUCCGCCCCUGAUCCUCGAUUACUCGUCCACAUCAAAGCCCAUCGCAAUGUCGUUCCCGUUCCGUCCCAUUGGUCGCUCAAACGAGAGUAUCUGUCAUCUAAAAGAGGUAUCGAGAAGCCUCCGUUCGCCUUGCCCAAGUUCAUCCAAGAGACGGGUAUCGCAGAGAUGCGCGACGCUGCUUUAGAGAAACAAGAGCAGGCAAGCUUGAAACAAAAGCAAAGGGAAAGAGUCCAGCCUAAGAUGGGAAGGCUGGAUAUUGACUAUCAGAAGCUAUAUGAGGCUUUUUUCCGGUUUCAAACAAAGCCAGAGCUGACGCGUUACGGAGAGGUGUACUAUGAAGGGAAGGAGUACGAGACCAAUCUCAAGCACCUACGGCCAGGAGAACUUAGUCCUGAGCUGAAGGAAGCCCUCAGUAUGCCACCCGGUGCUCCCCCCCCGUGGUUGAUCAACCAACAGCGAUACGGGCCGCCUCCAUCUUACCCAGCUCUGAAAAUCCCCGGAUUAAACGCACCGCCCCCUCCCGGUGCCAUGUGGGGGUAUCACCCCGGUGGUUAUGGUAAACCCCCGGUCGAUGAGCAUAACAGGCCUCUUUAUGGAGGUGAUAUUUUCGGGGUGCUGCAGCCACAGCAGAGUGUCCAACAGGGUGAACCCGUGGAGAAGGAUCUGUGGGGAGAACUGCAGGCGCCCGAGCUAUCUGAGGAGAGCGAAGAAGAGGAGGAAGAGGAAGAAGAAGUCGAUGAGGAGGAUAUGGAAGGAGUGCAGACACCCAGCGGAUUCGAGACACCCAGCGGACUGGCCUCCGCGGUCCCAUCGGAGUUUGUUGAAGCCGAAAAUGUGGCGGGCGAGUUUGAUGUGCGGAAGCACUACGGCGGGACGGAGACUGAAGAAUCGACGAUGCAUAAGAGCGCUUUCCAAGUUAUUCCCGAGCGGCAAACCAACGUCCGGGGAUUCUUUGGAGGGGACAGGGUCUACGACCUGAAUGCGUCCUCCGGAAAUUUGCCUGUGCUUGGCGCUGAUGAGGAGAAUAAGAAGCGGAAGAAACCCGGUGACAUUGAUGUGUCUAUGGACCCGGACGCUCUACAGGCCAACGAAGGCAUCAGCAAGGAGAGUAUACGCAACCUCUAUGAGACUCACAGACAGCGUGAAACAAACCCGAACUGGGGUUUCCAGGAGGAUCUGAGCGAUAUGAUCGCGCAAGAGAGCCGAAAGCGGCUGAAGAAUGAAGAAAAAAGAGGCAAGCAUUGA